GUUUCAAGGGCGCCCGACUCUUGUGUCUUCCUGGUGUCAGGUAAAAGCGCGAGCAUUUCUGUUGCUGGGUUCUGUUCAGGGGAUAUAUUUUUGCCAUCAUGGAUUGGUUAGGAGAUACGUUAGAAGGUGAAGUAGACCAUUCUUUCUUUGACAGUGAUUUGGAAGAAACAAGGAAAUCUGAAAGUAACUCAGUUUUUAACAAGCAAAAUGAUGACCCUAAAGAGGGGAAAGAUAAGGAUACAGAAAAUGUAAACUUGAAAAUUGGAAUACAAACAAAGGAGAAUUAUCUCACUGAGAAGGGAAAUGAAAGAAAAGCGAAAAUUUCCCUAGAAGAACACCCUGUAGAAAGUAACAUUUCACAAACCAGAAAUUCUUUAUCAUUGACGACCACUUCAAGAUUGAAAAAAUUGCGGGAUGCCACAACAGGACAUAAAAUACACUUGUCCCUUCCAAAUAGAAUUCCCACAAUUGCAAAAGAAGGUGAGGAUGACUACCAUACAGAUGGAGAGGAAAGCAGUGAUGAUGGAAAGAAGCAUGACGUAAGGGCCAAGUCAUCUAAGCCACCUAAGAACUUGAAAAAAAGCCUAAGUAAAAAACAUCCCAAAAUUAGUUACUCUUCCGCGUCUUCUUUGUCUUCCUCAUCUUUAAGUUCAGGUGCAGACUGUUCAGAUGCAGGGUCUGAUAACUGUGUGUCUGAUUCACCUCCUUCAUCAAAUAAACAUGUAUCUGGUGUCACCCCCUUAUCACCAAGACAGAAACGUAAGUCAGGAAUAAAAACAACAGGUACGCAGCCUUCAAGUACUCACCCAAAAUUUGGUGACUGCACUGAGGAAUCUGAAGAUACUGUGACAGAUGUAACUCCUUUAUCAACUCCGGACAUCAGCCCUGUUCAGUCUUUUGAACUGGGUGCAUCAAACGAUCAAACAGUGAAAGUUAAAAAGCAAGAAAAUGUGAGUCAAGAAGUAUAUAAAGAUGUUGAAGAUUUAAAAAAUAAUCCAGAAUAUUUUAAAUCAGCUGGAAAAAGGAGAGAAAAACUUGGGCCCAGUCUUUCCUCAGAGUCUUCAGCAUUGGAUUCGAGCUUAGACCACAGAUGUAAAGAAAAAGCUUUACAUGACACAAUGGACCUGAAUCAUCUUUUGAAAGCUUUUCUGCAAUUAGAUAAAAAGGGACCACAAAAACAUCAUUUUGAUCAGCCUUCGGUAGCAGCUAAAAAAAACUACUCUUUCUCAAGAGAAGAAGUGAGACAGAUUGAUCGGGAAAAUCAGAGGCUUUUGAAAGAACUGUCAAGACAGGCUGAAAAACCAGGAAACAAAAGUAUAAUUCCUAGAUCAGCUGGUCAUCCCCCUAAGUUAUAUCACAGUGCUCUCAACAGACAGAGGGAACAACAGAGGAUUGAAAGAGAAAAUUUGGCUUUACUGAAAAGGCUUGAAGCUGUGAAACCAACAGCUGGCAUGAAACGCUCAGAACAACUGAUGGACUAUCAUCGCAAUAUGGGCUAUCUCAGCUCAACGCCGUCUUCGAGACGAGUGAGAUCCACUCUUGGCCAAUACAGCCCAUUAAGAGGAGCUUCCAGGACAUCCAGCACUACUAGUGGGCUCAGUUGUAAGAGUGAGCGAUCAGCUUUUGACACAUCCAGUGGCCACUCGCUAAGACCUAAACCUCCUAAUGUCCGUACAGCUUGGUUAUAAAACCUUUUUUUACUGUAAAUGUUGCUCAUCCACUUUUUAUCAAAGUGCUCUUGCAUAUUACUAUAAUUCUCUGUGUAAACAUCUAUAAUACUGUUUUAGCGAUUUAAGGUAUACAACAGUGAGUUGUAAUUUAUUGUUAUUCAGUGCAAAAUUGUUGUCAAAAACAAUUUAAUAUAAAAUCAGUGUUUCCUUUGAGGAUGUAUUUAUGAGAUGUAUAUGUAUUAGAGAAAGAGUAGUAUGCAUGUAUAUUUUUUCAGUAUAGAAACUGAUUCAGUUGUCACGCUUACAAAACACUGAUAAUAGUAUCACUGCAUGUUGAACCCAAGAUGUUCACUAUAUACUUUUAUCACUUUAUGUUAUUUCCAUUUCUUGUAAGCUUUAUACCAUGAGCUUAGCUCCUGAAUUUGGCUAACUUUGUUUUUUAUUUGCUGUAGAACUUAUGAAGUAUGACUCAUAAGUUGAUUACUUUCUUAUUAUGAAGCAAAUCUUGAAAUCUGUUUUGAUGGAGCUGAUUUAGAUUUGAUGGGCAGCUUGAGAGAAGGUUAUCCUGGGGCAGUUCUUGUGAUUCACCAGAGGUAGCCAGUUUAUGUAUGUGUGCUUAGGUAGAGCUUAAAAAUUUGACCAACCAUCCCAAACCAUUUCAAACUGUGAAUACUAGAAAGUCUAACUUUUAAAGUCUCUAUUUUUUUGUGUUUUUAUACAUUCAGGUAAAGUCCUGUUAAUGAUUCUAAGAAAUGAGGUUGGCUUCAGAGCUACAGUCUAUUGCCUCGUGAAUAGUUUGUCCAAGGACAAGAUCAGUUGCAUCAAAAACAAGUAUUUGUUGAAUCAGUAAAAUUGUGCCACCAGCUUGAAGAGCCAAGAAGCAGAUCCUGAGCUGUGUCAAAACAGUGUUUUAAGUGAUACUGUUAGCAUGUAUGUGAAGGUUUAGUAUUUAUUGUGUUAAUAAGAAAGACUUAGAAUAAGAAAUGCUUUAGAAAUUCCAGCUAGUAUUUAUAAAUGCUGAAAAAGAAAACUAUGAGCAACAGGGGAAAUAAAUCACACAUUUAUUGAGUCUACUGCUUUAAAUAUUAGCUAAUUUUCUUGCUUUGCUUUAUUUGGUUGAAUCCUAGAAGUAUCACUUUUAACAGUCCUAUUCUUAAAGACCUAGUAAGGUUGAGGGGAUUGGUCAUGGCAGAUAGGAUGUGAUACAGUUGACUUUUGAAAUUCGAAUACAGGCUCUUAUAUAACAAAAUAUGAGAUCUCAUAGUUACCACUGUUUUUAAUUACUAGUCUUUUCAGUUUACCCUUAGAAUUGGAACAUUUCCAUGUUAAAUGACAAAUCUUUCUUUUUCCAAUAUGAGUUUUUUAUCUGUAGCCACAUAAGAUUUGUUUUUUAAUGUUUUGGUGCUCAAAUUCUCUAUCAUGUGUGCUGAACUUCUUUUUUCUUAAUACCUAUAGAAGUAAGCCAAAGUGCAUUUUGCUAAACGUCAAUUCAAUAUUUCUUGGUUUUAGUGUGUAUUAGCAGAUGUUGUUUAGGAGAGGGCAUGUGAAGUCUGGGAUCAGGGAAGUUAAGGACAUUCUUGGGGCCAUAGCAUGGCUAUGAGCUUCUGCUGCUUUCUUUGGGCUAGUGUUUAUUUCGAUGCUCUAUUCUGGUGAACAGGUUGUUACACCUGCUGAAUUUAUAAGCUUUUAGCUACACUAAACCAAGGCUGUGUUUUAUUUUGUUUUAACUUACUGCACUUUUAAUGUUUAUAUAACAACUUAUCUUUCAGGAAAGAGAAGGUAAUGCUGAAUUUUAAAUUUUAAAUUCAGCAUUUGAGCGUCUGCCCAAUAGUGACUUAGUCAGGUUUUUAAAAAUGAUUUUUUAAGUUGUUUGGAAAAAAACACAUAAAACCUUUCAUAUUCAUAAUGGCAUUUGUCUCUGAGUACAUUUUAUAUUAUCUUUGCUGGCACGUGUUAGGCCACAAUACACAGUAGUUUUAUAGAUAAAGCGUACUUUGAUUUUAGAUGUUAAUUUAAUGUCUUCAGUUUUUACUCUUUAAAAAGGGAAGUUCAUGUAAGUAUUACUUAUAACAGGGAUCCAACUUGAAGUAAAAGUCAGGAAGAGCAACGAUCUUUUUAAAACAAUUUAUAAUUUUGUUAUGGUUACUUAUAUUGAUGAAUAUAAACAGACAGGAGUUGAAAAGGUGGUGUUCUUGAUACACGUCAAGGAACUUUGAAGUUAUUAUGACUUGGGGCCAUGUUAAUGAAAAAAAUCAUAAGCAUAUUAUUCUUCAUUUUCAAGAGCGUAAAAAUGUAAAGGAUGAUCUGUCUAUCACCUGAUUUGAUAUUAGGUUGACUUAAUUAAUGUAUGUACGUUAAAGGUUUACAUCAAUAACAAGAAAGUAGUGAUCUGAGGCCUAGUUAUUAAGCCAGAUUCCUGAGUUAUUUUCAUCUCUUUCAAAUGUUACACUAAUGUCUAAUCCUUUUUAGGAAGAUUCUAUGAAAAUUUUCAACUAUUAAAAUUAUUUCUUAGGCAGCAGCUGUUAUUUCAUACACCCUCUGCUUCCUUUCUCAAUCUCCCUAAAAAGCUGCUUUCUUCAAAUAAAGUGUACGGGUUUGCUUAUAACUAUGGUGUAAUGCAGUUGUUUUCAACCCAUCAAACCAAGUGUCCAAAACGGAUACCUAACUUUAAAAAGGUGAUUGUGAUGGGUAUGCUUGUGCUUCUCAUCUUCAGGUUCAAGUAUUGCCUACUAGGAAAUAUAUUAAGACCAAUAUAAAGUUGAAGAUGCGAACUUAUCAUAUUUUAAUAGCUAAAUUCGUUUUAAAAAUUUAAUAUCUUAAAUGCCAAAGUCUUAACCUUGUAUACCAUCCUAGAAAAUGUGCUUAAUGGUUAAUUAUUUCCAUGAGUAAAGAGGAAUAAGAAACUUAAAACCAACAUCCUUUUAAAUUUCCUAGUCCAUUGUAAUAUGUUUUAGACAUGAAGAACUAGCUUGGCAUAGUAAAGAAAUAAAAGCAUUAAAGAUAA